AUGGGCACAUCGAAAAACCCCUUCCAAUCCGUCGAACCACAAUAUCAAAGGGAGAAGGGCCCGUUUCGGAUUUCUGUGUCGAAAUCCCCUAGAAUCUCCCUGGGCAAUCUUGGCCGCCGUGGGCAGCAGCGGAAAUUAGCUGCGGAUGACACUGGGCUGCAGACUCAGGGUGCUAUUGGCCCUAGGCUGGCUCGAGCUAUGGGAAAGAAGCCUCCGGUGAGCCGGGAUGCUAGGGUCGCUAUGCAGGAGAUUCAGCCGGGCAUCGCGCAGCAGGGGGAGAAGAAACAUGUGGCCCUUCCGGAGGUGAGCAUGGAGGAGCAAAUUAUCUCCCGUCGCCGCCGCCUUCUCCUGGAAGAUGAAUCGGAAGAGGAGUUCGUGUUGCACGAUGCUCCGGAACCAAAGCCUGUUCGCCAAGCCGCGAUUCCUGUUGCCAUCCGCGCCGUUUCCUCUAAGAGGAGAAGUGGGCAGGCCAAGGGAGAUCCUUCCCCGAAGAAAAAAAGUGUUGCUAAGAAGAGGUCUGGCACGGUGAAGGGCGCCCCUUUGGCUGCGACCCACGGUUCGAAAACCCAGUCCAAGAAGCAGGCUUUGGCCCAGGAAGAGCGGGAUGCUGAAGUGGUGGCGGACGAUUUAUUGGAUGGGGAGUUGGUGGGCAUGGCCUCGGCCAGGAAUAAUUCAGUUGGGCCGAAAGUCCAAUUGGACAACCCUGCUAUGGUGGAGUCGGAGGAAGAGUCAAUGGAGGGUGAGGCGAUGGGCUUCGAAGUUCGUCGCCGUGAACCAGUGCUGCAAAAGAAAUUUAAGCGGCUACACCAACCAAAUCGUGUGCGCCAAGUUGUUGAGGCGUUCGAAAAUGGGCCGUCCAUGACCGAUUCAGUAACCGACCCGGGACUGGUCCAACCAAUCGGCUCUCUGGCGGCAGAUGAUGAGGAGCAAGGGGUGAAUGGCAAAGCGGCGAACCCUGAGAACCUUGGGUUCAAUGAAUAUGGGUCCAACCUGUCGGACCCAGGGUUGGGGAGCAAAAAACGUCAUGUUGACGAGAUGGAUGGGGCGACUGCGGAGAACCCUACCCCAAAGAAGCAGUUCGUGGAAGAGAACGUGGAACCUGAUUCGGUGGAGGAAGCCAGCCGUGAAUGGCCCCAACCGAAUAAAUGA